CGUCACUUCAGUCAUUACGAAGCAUUUUGCGUCCGUCCGGAAUAUUAUUGCUAUUUUUCGUCCGAACAUUUUCGGUUGUGCUCGCGCAAAACAUUGUUUUCGUGCAAUCUUGCACAAAUAGCUGCUAAAUUGUUCACUUCCAGCAAAAGGUAAGGGGGUAUCAACACGACGACGCUGCCCAACAAAGCAACCGUGCCCGAAGCAUAACGUAGUGUACCGCCACCACCGCCAAACCACAAAGCACAGCAAGAUGGUGCUGGAAAGUACGAUGGUUUGCUUCGACAACAGCGAUUACCAGCGCAACGGCGACUACUUCCCGACGCGGCUGAACGCCCAGAAGGACGGCGUGAAUCUGGUCUGCCUGUCGAAGGUGCGCUCCAACCCGGAGAACAACGUCGGGCUGAUGACGCUCUCGAACACAACGGAGGUGCUGGCCACGCUCACCAGCGACGUCGGCCGCAUCCUCUCCAAGCUGCACCUGGUCAACCCGAAUGGGAACAUCAACCUGAUGACGGGGCUGCGCAUCGCCCAUCUGGUGCUGAAGCACCGCCAGGGCAAGAACCACAAGAUGCGCAUCGUCGUGUUUGUUGGGUCGCCGGUCGAGCACGACGAGGGCGAGCUGGUGAAGCUGGCCAAGAAGCUGAAGAAGGAAAAGGUGAACGUGGACAUCGUGAGCUUUGGCGACCACCAGAAGAACAACGACACGUUUACGGCGUUCAUCAACGUGCUGAACGGCAAGGACGGUACCGGAUCGCAUCUGGUGUGCGUGCCGCGCGGGUCCGUCUUUUCCGAGGCGCUCAUCUCGUCGCCCAUCAUUCAGGGCGAGGAUGGUAGCGGUGGUGCCGGUCUCGGUGGGGCCGGGUUCGAGUUUGGCGUCGACCCGAACGAGGAUCCCGAGCUGGCGCUGGCUCUGCGCGUUUCCAUGGAGGAGCAGCGGCUGCGGCAGGAGGAGGAACAGCGCCGGGCGACGGCAAACAGUGCGGCCGACGGUACUGCCGGGGCAGGGGCAGGGGCCGGAUCGGACAAGGAAGCUUCGGGAGCGGCGGCCGGCACCGGGGCCGGUGCUUCGGCGAGUGCCGGCGGGUCGGAACCGCACGCCGAGGAGGCGAUGCUGGAGCGUGCGCUCGCCCUGUCGACCGGUGAGAUCAUGCCGACCGACGACUCGAUGCCCGACUUUGCCAACAUGACGGAGGAGGAGCAGAUCGCGUUCGCGAUGCAGAUGUCGAUGCAGGACGCCCAGGAGCCCAUCUCGCAGCCGGCCAAGCGGCAGAAGCAGGAGAAGGACACACCGAUGGAGGUCGACGUGGAGGACAUCGAGAUUGCGGGCGUGUCGCCCGAGUACUUGAUGAGCGUGCUGGAGAACCUGCCGGGGGUGGAUCCACAGUCGGAGGCGGUGCGCAAUGCGGUCGGUUCGCUCAACAAGGAUAGCAGCAGCAGCGGCAGCAAGAACAAGCCUGACAACAAGGACAGCAAGGAUGAGGAGAGCAAAAAGUAGGCCGGUGUGCCCGUUGACGUCCUACGUGAUCACCCUCUCAGCAGCUGCAUUCGUUCCGGUCCGGUGGUCGUCGCUGUCCAUGCAGGGAGAUGUGUGUCUGUGUGUGCGUGGACAGGGUGAAGUUAAUUGAUAAGAUUGAACCACAAUAUAGUGUGUGUCUGCGAACUCACUCCCUUCCCUACUAUCCAAAUCGCUUUGUAAAAUCAUGGUUACGGCCGCUACGAGGUCUACUAGAUCAUGUCAUAGAAAUACUACUGUACUGAGAUAAAAACAGGAAUGAUCUAAAAACAA